AUGGCCACCAUCACCUGCACCCGCUUCACGGAAGAGUACCAGCUGUUCGAGGAACUGGGAAAGGGAGCCUUCUCCGUCGUGCGCAGGUGCGUGAAGGUGCUGGCUGGCCAGGAGUAUGCUGCCAAGAUCAUCAACACCAAGAAGCUCUCGGCCAGAGAUCACCAGAAGCUGGAGCGCGAGGCCCGCAUCUGCCGCCUGCUGAAGCACCCCAACAUCGUGCGGCUCCACGACAGCAUCUCGGAGGAGGGCCACCAUUACCUGAUCUUCGACCUGGUCACGGGCGGGGAGCUGUUUGAAGACAUCGUGGCUCGGGAGUACUACAGCGAGGCGGAUGCCAGUCACUGUAUCCAGCAGAUCCUGGAGGCCGUGCUCCAUUGCCACCAGAUGGGGGUGGUGCACCGGGACCUGAAGCCGGAGAAUCUGCUGCUGGCCUCCAAGCUCAAGGGGGCCGCCGUGAAGCUGGCGGACUUCGGCCUGGCCAUAGAGGUGGAGGGGGAGCAGCAGGCUUGGUUCGGGUUCGCGGGGACUCCGGGGUACCUCUCCCCGGAAGUGCUGAGGAAGGACCCGUACGGGAAGCCCGUGGACCUGUGGGCCUGCGGUGAGUGCGGGGUCAUCCUGUACAUCCUGCUGGUUGGCUCCCCUUUCUGGGACGAGGACCAGCACCGCCUGUACCAGCAGAUCAAAGCCGGGGCCUAUGAUUUCCCCUCCCCCGAGUGGGACACGGUGACGCCCGAGGCCAAGGACCUCAUCAACAAGAUGCUGACCAUCAACCCCUCCAAGCGCAUCACGGCCGCCGAGGCCCUCAAGCACCCCUGGAUAUCGCACCGCUCCACCGUGGCCUCCUGCAUGCACAGACAGGAGACCGUGGACUGCCUGAAGAAGUUCAACGCCAGGAGGAAGCUGAAGGGCGCCAUCCUCACCACCAUGCUCGCCACCAGGAACUUCUCCGUGCGCAAACAGGAAAUUAUCAAAGUGACAGAGCAGCUGAUCGAAGCCAAGCAUGGAGAUUUUGAGUCCUACACGAAGAUGUGUGACCCGGGAAUGACAGCCUUCGAGCCCGAGGCCCUGGGCAACCUGGUGGAGGGGCUGGACUUCCAUCGAUUCUAUUUUGAAAACCUGUGGUCCCGGAACAGCAAGCCCGUGCACACCACCAUCCUGAACCCACACAUCCACCUGAUGGGCGACGAGUCGGCCUGCAUCGCCUACAUCCGCAUCACGCAGUACCUGGACGCGGGCGGCGUGCCCCGCACCGCGCAGUCCGAGGAGACCCGCGUCUGGCACCGCCGCGACGGCAAAUGGCAGAUCGUCCACUUCCACAGAUCCGGGGCGCCCUCGGUCCUGCCCCACUGAAGGCCGGCCGGGUCCCCGCGCCGCCGAGGGGCAGGGACGCCCUCGUGUCCGUGGAAUGUGGUUGCCGCCCCCCCUUGGAUGUUGCUGGAAUUCUCCCCCUCGUCACCCCGCCGUUACCAGCUGUCCACCCCGCACUGAGGAAACCCGCUUGGCCACAGAAGCCACGGCGACUCCAGAGCAAAUGGCCGAUCCCCCCUUCACCUCCCAACCUGGUUCUUUCUCCACGAGGGUGGUGGGGGGCCAGGGACCCCCCAGCUUCCACUCGCUGCCGUGAGAGCGCCCCAACUGUGUGUUCACCAGACUGGGAGACCGAGAAGCCGGUGGCCGGCGUCCCUCUCGGAGCUCGUCUUCUGGGGUCCCCGGAGCGCACUGAAGAGCCCCCACCAAUCUCCGCCCCCGGCCUCCUGUGGAGCAGACGCUGGCCCACCGCGGGGGGCAGGGGGGACGGCGGACCCGCCCCUCCCCACCGCGCCCCGCGACCCCCGCCCCACCCUGUCCUCCAUCCCCCGAGAAUUCCAGCCUCGUCCACGAGAGGGGACCCCGCCGCUCCCGGGCCCCGGGCCGCGCUCGGCCCCCCGCCCCUCGGACCGCAUGCCUUUCUCUAGCCACACCUCGUGCGUCGCGUUCCUGGAUCUUUCUGUAAUCGCGAAGCCUCUCGGGCUGGCGGCGGGCCGGGGAGGGCGCGGGGGAGGGCGAGGGGGAGGGCGACGGGGAGGGCGAGAUGCCGUUCGGCCUGAGAUGGCGUGUCCUUCUGCUUUUCUGGUCCUUCCUGGGGUGCAGCGUGAGCGGGAGGGCGGCACCUUCUGCCUCCGGAGGGGCCCGCCCCCUCGGGGCCGGCCGGGGAGAGGGCCCAGGUUGUCAGGAGAGAGACACCCCGGCGUGCCUUGCUCCCCAGGACGGCACCUCCGGGGCUGCUCCUGACGGCCGUGCCCCCCAGGGCCCCCCACCCUCUUCUGGGGCCCCAGCAUGGGUAUUCAUGGCGUCUCUCCCUUGGUAUCCGACAGCCAAAGCAGAGAGAGCACCAGAACCUUCCACGUACACCUCAUCCGGAGCGCGAGGCUCUUCCUCUCUCUCUCUCUCUCUCUUCCGUGCUGCUCUCUCUGUCUUCCUUCCGCCCGCCCUCUCUCUGCACUGUUUUCUUUGCAUGACUUCAUAUGCAGUAAGUUGAAAAAAAUUAUGAAAAGAAGAAAAACACUCAGCAAAAUCAAUCUACAUGUUUUGGGCUACAAACACAAAAACAAAAAAGAGGCGUCUUCGUGGCGUUGGGCUCGGUGCCGUGGCGGCCUCUCUGUGCUUCUGGCCUCCGCGUGGCCAGCAUGAGAUUCUGUCCCCCUCCGGGGUUCUGGGGAGGAAGAGCCCAUCCCCAGGGGGGCGGCGGAGGCGGAGGCCCCCCAGCUGUCCCGGUGCGGCUGGAGCAGAGCUGGGCCCGCGGUUCAAGUCCCGCUGCUGGGCAGGGGAGCGGGCCGGGGAGGGAGCCUUCCCGGGCCCCUGCUGCCCGGCCCAGGCCCGGAGGCCCCGCGAGGCCCGGGGACCCCGCCGUCCCAGCGACGGAGCUGCCGGCUCCGCGACCCUCCCGGCCAGCCGUCUCCGGGGGAAGCCGCGGGCCGCCACGCCUCGUGGGCUCGCCCCGCUCGGCCCCCGGGUCCCCGCCAGCGGACACGGGGGCGUCGAAGGGAAGGCGACGGGAAGCCCGAUCGAGGCGUGGGCCUCCUCUGGGCCUCAGGCCUGGCCGGGCCCCGGCCUGUCCCCUGCCCGCCCUCGUCCCCCUCUGUGGUGCCCGUCCCCUGCUCGCCAGCGGGGGACCGAGGGGGGAGGGGAAGCGGCGGCGGGGUCGGGAGGCUCCCGUUCCCGGUGCGGGCCAGGCUUGCGGGGUGACCCCGGGGGAGUCCUUUCCCUCUCCGGACCUCGGUUUCCCUACCGGGAAGCUGAGCCGGGGGACUCCCCGCGCUGCCGUCGCACCCCCCGUCCGUGACGUCGAGGCAGGUCCCUCCCCCCGGGCUGAGUUGACCUCCUCGCUGUAGACCCCGGGGGCCCCGGGGACCCCGAGACAGCAGGCAGAGGAACCGCGGGCGGCGCCGCGCAGAGCCCUCGCUCCCCGGACCGUCCGCACGCUCCUCCACGCAGCCGCCCGCCGCCCAGCUCGCGCCGCCCAGACCCAGGCUCCAGCAUGCAGACGUGUUUACAGGAACGCCCGCCCUCUCCGGGUCACCCCCGCCCGGCCCCGCCUCCCGCUCACCGGACCCCUGGGAGGCGAUAGCCGGGCUCCCCAGGCUGGUUUCUCUGUUACUAUUUGUUUGCGAUUUUGUUUCGGUUCUUUCUUUCUUUCUUU